AGUUGUAUAGACUCGUAAUAAAAUCAUCGGAGAUCACGCACUUACCGCUGUAUAUGGCAGGAGGGCUGAAAUGAUCGACCUGACGAGUAACAGCGAUCUCUAACGCGACGGGGACAGGCGAGACUGCAGUGUAAAGAAAACGCUUGGCUGAGAAGAAUGUGAGGUGAAUUCCAGUCUAACUGAUUGAUAAAUCAUGUCGUUUCCUGUAAUGAGCACAAGAUGUUUGAGUGUGCGGUGGUGUAUAAAUGCAGCAGUGCUCUUGACAGACAGCAGACAGCAUGCUCGCUCCCACACUGCUUCUGCUGCUCGGGCUGACGGUGACGGAGCUCUGGGCUCAGCCGUACCCCAUCCCACCCACCUGUUACUCCAAAGUGCUGACCAUGGGGAGGGAGAUCACCCAGACAGCAGCCCAAAUCAAAACUGACCACGACACUUACAGAUGCACAGCGCACCUGCCCGACCUCUACAUCGACAUUCACAACGCUUGUGUGAUGUCCACUAUGAUCUCGUAUCUGUCUCUGCUGAGCGAUCUGAGAGAACGGAGAUGUGCGUACACCAGAAAAGUGCAGAAUCUGGAGGCUGUGAUCAGACAACUCUAUAUCAUCAUGUCACAGAAGUGUCAUGGGGACUUGGUUUUUAUUCGUGAUAACUGUGACGCUUUACAGUAAAGAGGAUGGAGAGCCCGAAAUCACUUCAGAGUUUAGAGAACGAUUGGACGAGGAUCAUAAAGAGCCCAUUACUCCUCAUAUGUUAGCCAUAAUCAUGAUUUCAUUUUUUUUCCUUAAUGAUUUCAGUUAUAUUUAUCACUUGAUAGUCUCCUGCAUGCUGGUUGGUUAAGCCAAAUGGACUUUGAGUCAAUGUACAGAAUUUUUCAAAUCUUAGCUAUCUUAAUCUAAAAAUAGAAAUUGAAAAAAUUAUGAUAUAAUGUUAUGAUAGAAUAUAUGUAUUUAUGAAUUGCAAUUUAUUGCAUUUUUGAAUACCUUUGUGACCCACAUGUGUAUUUUUCACAGGCAUGUCAAAUAUUUCACUUACUAACUUUUUUAAUGUUUAGUGAUCCGUUCUCUAAUAAAUAAAUGUACCACAUAU